AUGGCGCAGAAAGGCCGUUCAAAGGUUCAGGAUCUGCUGUUGAUGGAGAAGGAAGUGCAAGAACUAUGGGAGAAAGAACAUAUCUUUGAACAGGAUGCAGAUGAUAGUAAAAGAGCAGAAAAGUAUUUCGUUACAUUCCCUUAUCCUUACAUGAAUGGCUUUCUUCAUCUGGGACACACGUUUUCGCUUUCGAAGUGUGAAUUCGCUGUGGGUUAUCAGCGCCUGUUAGGUAAAAAAUGCUUGUUUCCAUUUGGCCUUCAUUGUACGGGAAUGCCCAUAAAGGCUUGUGCGGAUAAAUUGAAAACUGAAAUCGAGCGGUUCGGUUUUCCGCCAAAAUUUCCGGUCGAAAACACUUCAGACACGGUCGCUGGCGAGGACACGGAAUCCAAUGUAGAUAUGUUCAGGGACAAGACGAAAAGCAAAAAGAGCAAAGCCGUGGCGAAAUCAGGCGCUUCCAAGUACCAGUGGAACAUCAUGAAGUCAUUGCAGCUUUCCAACGAAGAAAUCCGGAAGUUUUGUGAUCCCGCACAUUGGCUGAGGUAUUUUCCACCGAUGGCUGUUACCCAUCUGAAGUCAAUGGGUGUAAAAGUCGACUGGCGGCGUACCUUUUUGACUACCGACGUCAAUCCGUACUAUGAUUCGUUCGUCAGAUGGCAAUUCCUUCGCCUUAAAGAGCGUGACAAAAUUUUUUUCGGUAAAAGGUACACGAUAUUUUCACCGAAGGACGGACAACCAUGUAUGGACCACGAUCGCAAACCCCAGGAAUACACCGGAAUUAAGCUACGCAUUUUGCAACCUUAUCCUGUUGCGUUGAACAGCCUUUGCCAGUCACAUUCAGUGUUUCUUGUCGCUGCCACCCUGAGACCAGAAACGAUGUACGGACAGACUAAUUGCUGGGUCGGUCCAGAAAUUAGAUACGUUGCGUUUUCUGCUGGAAAAAACGGCGACGAAGUUUUUGUGUGCACGCGAAGGGCGGCCAGAAACAUGCUGUUUCAAGAUCUGCUGCCUGGCAAUGAGAUCAAUAUUUUAGUUGAACUGCAGGGAAAGGAUUUAAUUGGAGCCAGAGUGAAGACGUGUUUGACGCCAUAUGACUCUGUCUACGUUCUACCGAUGAUGAACGUCCAUUACAAUAAAGGAACCGGAAUUGUCACCAGUGUCCCAUCGGAUGCCCCAGACGACUAUGUGGCGUUGCAGGACUUAAAAAGGAAAAAAGCUCUCCGCGAAAAGUAUGGCAUCGCUGACAGCAUGGUUUUGCCCUUUAAUCCGAUAUCAAUAUUGGAAGUACCCGGAUUUGGCACUGUUUCAGCGGUGACUGUUUGUGAGGAGUUGAAGAUCACCAGUCAGAACGAUCAGGAGAAGCUACAAGUCGCGAAAGAGAAAAUCUACCUGAAGGGAUUUUAUGACGGAGUGAUGCUAGUUGGUGAAUUUGUGGGAAAGAAGGUUCAGGAUGUGAAAAAGCUCAUUCAAAAGCAGCUGAUUGACUGUGGUGUGGCGAUUCGCUAUUACGAACCAGAGAAAGAGGUCAUAUCUAGGUCAGCCGAUGAAUGUGUUGUCGCAUUGUGUGACCAGUGGUAUGAAAUUUCGCUUGCGUACCUAAAGUAUGAAGACGAAGAGUGGAAAAAGGCAACGUCUAAGGCGCUGGAAAACCUGGACACUUAUUCAAGCGAGGUGCGCAGUAGCUUAGCUUAUACUGUGGACUGGCUGCACGAACACGCGUGUUGUCGUUUGUAUGGCCUCGGGUCACGCCUUCCAUGGGACAAGAAGUACCUCAUCGAAUCGUUGUCUGAUUCGACGAUUUACAUGGCAUUUUACACCGUUGCUCACCUUUUGCAGGGUGGAGUCAUCAACGGCAGCAAAAUCGGACCUCUGGGCAUUCGUCCUGAUCAAAUGACUCCAGAGAUGUGGGAUUAUGUGUUUCUGAAACGGGAACCGUAUGAAUGCUUGCACACGGAUAUCCCAAAGUCGAAGCUAGACCGGCUUCGUCGCGAGUUCGACUACUGGUAUCCGGUUGAUCUGCGCGUCUCUGGCAAAGACCUCAUCCAGAAUCACUUGACGUAUUACCUUUAUAACCAUGUAGCAAUGUGGCCUGAGAACCCAGAAAAGUGGCCAAAGAGUGUUCGUUCGAAU